CUCAGCACAGAUGUUGCCCUUAAUUUGCACUGGGCUGCUGGAGCCUCCAGAACUCUGUGUCCAGAUUCCAGGCGAGCUCUGCUGCCCCCAAAACGCUCGCACAUCGCCUCCCGAACCCCUCUGGAACCCACCUCUCACCUCCGACUGCGCACCAUGAAGCUGUGGGUCCUCCUCACCCUGUUCCUCCUCUGGGAGGAGGUGCAAAACGGCCUCGGCCAGCAGGUCAAACGGCGGAAGGAGGCGGGGGAGAACCGCAUCAGGCCCGGGAACAAGCGGGGCAAGGUGCGCUUCCCCAAGGCCAAGGAGAAGGAGGCGGUGGGGAAGGGCCAGUCCCUCCUGACGCAGGUCCUGGACAAGGGCCGCUUCCUCCGGCUGGGGGAGGCCCUGACGCUGCCCGCGGGCAGGAGCAUGGAGCUCCGCUGCAAGGGCUCCCGAAUCGAGUGGAACUACCCCGCCUACCUGCACACCUACAAGGACACCCGCCUCAGCGUCACUCAGCAGGACAAGUACGGCCAGCUCGUCCUGACGUCGCCCUCUGCUGCCGACACUGGGGAGUACAGCUGCUGGGCGGUGCUCUGCGACGGCGUCGAGUGCGAAAAGGACACGGAACGCAACUCUGCCUCGUACAUCUACUUCACAGAUAAAGACGAGCUGUUUGUCCCGUCGCCCAUCCACUUUGAGAUCAUCUACCUACGCCCGGACCGGACGGCCACCAUCCCCUGCCGGGUGACCAGUCCCCAGGUGAAGGUGACCCUGCACCGCGAGGUGCCCCCGGAGGAGGUGUCCACGAACGGAACCCAGAUCUCCUACGACCCCACCAAGGGCUUCGUCAUCCGGGAGCCCAGCCCCGAGCACAGGGGCAUCUUCUACUGCAGGGCCGUCAUCAACGACAAGCCGCAGAUCUCCAACAAGUACCAGCUUCUCUACGUGGAAGUUCCCAGUGGCCCCCCCUCAGCCACCAUCAAAGCGUCCUCCUCUGUAGUGCGGGGGGGCGACAAUUUCAACAUCACCUGCACGGUCCUGGGGGAGCCCGAGCAGCAUGUGAACUUCACCUGGACGUAUCCCGGUCAGGACAUGAGGCCGGUGAGUUUGUACGAGGCCUGGAGGCUGAUAAACCGGGGCGUGGGCCACACCACCCGAAUCUCCCAGAGCGUCCUGACCGUGGAGGACGCAGAGACCAUCGACUACGGGAAAUACAUCUGCAGGACCAAGAACAAGCAUGGGGAGACGGCCGUCACCACCAGCGUGGACUCCUUCUAACCGGGGCGGGGGCAGACAGGACGACCCUUACGGAAACGAAACAUACUGCCAUAUAUUUAAAGACAAUAUAUUAUCAAUAUAUGAAAAAUAUAUUGCAACAUUUCACCAUAUAUAUGGGCAAAUUAAUUCUGCUUUUAGAUAUUUGCAAUAUAUUUGUAAAUGAUACAUUGCUGUGAAAUAUAUUUUUACUGUUGAAUUUUCCGAAAAGUUCUUAUAUUUACAUAUAUUGCAGUACAAUCGAUUUCUAUAAGGGGAGUGGUAACCUGCAUAGACUGGGUCUCUCCCUCCCUCCCCCAGGUAUAAUGCUUCCAUGUUAAGCAGCUUGAAGGUAACAGUAUGUUCUAUAGAGACUGUGGUUGGGAGAAGAAAUGCAUUGAAAUAAACGUGUCAUUUUGGGUACA